AGCACUAGAUCAUGACGUUAACACAUUUAAAUUGACCGGUCUAGUUAUUCAUGUGGGUGAGCACGUACUGGAGGUGUGAAACAUAUAUAUACCUGUCCAAAAGUCAUACACUCGCACAAGCAAAGCGACUUUCACCCACUUGGUCCACGAUGGCCACAUCUGAUGGCAGCACCCAACCACACAAGAUGCCCUCACUGGACAAUGAUAUCAACCAACACUUCCAGGACGCAAUUGAUGUGAUGCAACACCAUUCAAAUAAUUGCUAUUACGAUUCAGAGUACAUGUGCUAUGAGACGCUGGGGCUUCAGCAGUCGCCGUUACAGUGUCAGAUCUCCUGCUGCCUCGUCACUCAUCCUUCUGAUGUUCCGGCUCCCCUAUACGACUGGAGCGACACGGCUCAUUCCUGGCCUCAAGUUAUGCCCGAAGUCUCCACGGUUCAUGCUACAUCAACAGAGUCCCCCCAUUUCUACUCCAUUUUACCUCCACAGAGGGUCGGCAAAGGUCGUAAGAAACUCAGGCUUUAUGAAUACCUCCACGAAGCUCUGAAUGACCCCAACAUGGGCGACUCAAUCCAGUGGACGGACAGCGUCAGUGGCACCUUCCACUUUGUCUCCAAGAACAAGGAGAAGUUGGCUGAAUGCUGGGGACAACGCAAGGGCAACCGCAAGACCAUGACCUAUCAGAAGAUGGCAAGAGCCCUGCGGAACUACAGCAAAACUGGCGAGAUCAUAAAAGUACGCCGCAAGCUCACCUACCAGUUCAACCCAGCCAUCCUGCAGAGGCUCGGCACGGCGCAUGAACCCGUGCGCCUGCCCUGCCACCCUGCACAGGAGGUCCAGCAGCCAAACCCAACAGAACAGAACUACUGCGGCUCAAUGGCGUCAGAGUGGCACAGCUGGUACGGACAAUGCCCUCUGCAGGAGGAUUACGAGCUGGCAUCCAGCUUCACGCCGCAUACCGUCGCCAAGCUCUGAGCUGAAGGACAGUUUUCAUGUUUGAAAAAGUUUUCAAAGACUUGGUUGUGGCUUUUAUCAAUCCGGCUCCUUGACACAGUUCAACACAUGCAUGUUGGGGAAAGCGUUCGAAGACUUUAUUUUGCCAUUUUUGGUUUGAUAUCAGGGAAAUUCUUGACAUUUAACAACAAGAUGGAAACAAUGAAAUGCCCAGAGUGAAGGGAUGCUUCAAAUUUGAAUAUAAACAGCCUACAUAUAAAACAUGAUUCAGGAGACUUCUUUAGCAAAUGACAUUUUUGUUGCUGUUGAUGCCGUACUGUCUGUAUGUUUUUGGAUCUACUCUGAGAUAUUCUGGUCAGUUAUUUAGAGUCAGUAGGUCUGCUUUCAUUUCUGAGCUAAACCAGCCAUUAAUCAUUUAGCUGGAUGAUGUUUCCAAAAUAACUGUAUUAUUCAUAAUUACGGACCAUUUUUCAAGACAAAAAUGAAAAUUUGGGCUUGUUUCCCUUUUUCAAAUGUAAUCAUUUUCUUUGUUGUUGUUGUUUUUUUUAACUGACUUGAAUCUUUUUUAAUCUUUCUAAAUUAGAGAUAAUCUGGUUUUAACUUGUUUUCAGAUUGAGGUUCAAGAUGCUUUUGUAACACUUUAAACUUUUAACUGGUUUUAAAUCAGAAGGUUGCAGUUUUUGGACCCAUUUUAAACCAUUACGAACAUAUACAAUGUUUUACACUGAAAUUUAAAAAAAUACUUUGAACUAGUUAAAAUAAAAAAUAAGUGUAUUUUUUUAACUUCAGAUUCAACAUCAUGGUUAAUUUUGUAUUUUACAAUAUUUGCACAGUGAAAAAUAAUUCAAUAUACUAAAAUCACACAAUUUUUUAAAAAUGGUCUGUAACGCAUAGGCACAUAUAUAAACGAUGUAGAAAAAUAAAAAUAUUGCAUAUUUUCAGAUUUUCUGAUAUUUGAUACAGUGAUUAAAUAGAAAUAAUCAACUGUUUAAUAGAAUUAAGGAAAAAAAGUUUUGAUUUUAAAAAUAUCAAUAAUGGAGGAAGAUGCGAACAGUGUUUUUUAAACUUUAUUCGACUGAAAAAAAAUUCUGAAAAAUAAAUUUUCUGACAUUGGAAGACUGUGGCUUUGAAAAAACAUUACAUCUGGUAACAAUCAUCUGAAAAUACAAAUAUAACGACUAUUAAAUAUUACAACUAUUUGGCAUUUCAUUUAUACCUCCAUCUACCAUUAAUUGAUAUUAAAAUGCCAUUAAAAAAUUUAAUUAAAAUUAUGAUUACAGGAAACCCACAUUCUUUUCAUAGGUCGAUGUUUUAAUGAGGCAGCAGAAAAAUUCAUCAUAAUGAUAACAACAAUUCAUAAUCAUUUUCUGUGACUCCUGUUGUGACAUUAAACCAGUAAUAAGCAUUUUGUGUAAUGACAAUGAUAUGUGGUCAUACAUUAUUUAUUGUAAAUCAAUAAAUAUUUGUCAUA